CACUUCAUUAGUCAGGGCUCUCCUUUUGCACCUCCUCCUCCUCCUCCUCCUCCUCCCAUCCAUCCUGCCUCCCUGUCAUUCCCUCGCUGCCUCUCCUUCCCAGCUCACUCGUGUGGAGCCACAGAGGCAGGAGCCGCUCUGGCUGAACAGCAUCGAGUGUAUCGCAGGGUUUUUUGUUUUGACUCGGCAUCGACGAGGAUGUGCUUUUGAGGCUGAUCGCGACUGUUCUCGCUCGGCACCCUACCGUUUUGGCUCUGAGAAUGAAGAAGUGAAUUAUCAGUGAUCGCAGUCAUGGCUGUCCAGACUGGCAUCCAGGUGUGGUUCAGUGAGAAGUUCGACGCCCCGUUGCUGAGCCCCAUGAGCCCCCGGAGCCCUCGCAGCCCGCUAGCGCAGCGGCACGGCCCCGGCCUCGCAGACGUCUUCCAGUACGACCAGUGGCUGGCGGUGCGACAUGAAGCCACCCUGGUGCCCAUGCAGGAGGAUCUGGCCAUCUGGCUCACGGGCAUGCUGGGCGAGGAGGUGAGAGCAGAGUUCUUCAUGGAGGAGCUGAACAACGGCGUGAAGCUCUGCCAGCUUAUCGGCGUGCUGCAGACUAAGAUCGCCCAGAGCUGCCCCUCCGCGCUCUGCAAGCUGUUCCCCACGAGGAAGAUCGCAUGUAAGCGGGACGCCUCUCCAGGUUCCUUCUUCGCUCGCGACAACACCGCCAACUUCCUGGCGUGGUGCCGCUACGUCGGCGUGGAGGAGACCUACCUGUUUGAGUCAGAAGGCCUAGUUCUGCACAAGGAGCCUCGGCAAGUCUGCCUCUGCCUCCUGGAGAUCGGCCGCAUCGUCUCCAAGUACGGCGUGGAGCCUCCUGUGCUGGUGAAGCUGGAGAAGGAGAUCGAGCUGGAAGAGACUCUGCUGAUGACGGAGACGCCGCCGCCGGCCGUCAAAACCUUCAGCGUGUGUUGCCAGCACGGCGGCCUCUAUCAGCCGGGGGAGCACGGCAUGGACGACCCGCCCUGCAACUGUGCCAACAGAGUCUCCAUUGAGUACCUGUCUGAGGGACGCUACCGACUGGGAGACAAGACCCUCUUUAUUCGGAUGCUUCACGGGAAACACGUGAUGGUGCGCGUCGGCGGCGGCUGGGACACGCUGCGCGGCUUCCUGAUGAAGUACGACCCUCUGCGCGUGCUGCAGUUCACCACGCUGGAGCAGAAGAUCCUGGCCUUCCAGAAAGGCCCCCCCAGCCUGGGAGGUCACCACGGCAACGCAGCUCCGCCCCCUCCUCCCGACAUGGACCCCCUCGCCGCCGUCAACAACCUCAUCUCUUCCUCGUCCUCGUCUUCCUCCUCCACCUCGUCGUCAUCCUCUUCCUCCGGCACGGCCUGUAAGUCGCCGUCCGUGACCGCCGCGGCUCAGACGUGUCGGUCCUACGCCGCCUCCCCGGUGUGCACGCCCACUUUGCCCAGAAAGGGUGCCGCGGCGCCCAAGAAGAACCUGCAGCUCACGCCUUCAUCUCCCAGGAAGCCCACCCAGCUGCCCCUCCCCGUCACCACUAAAGGUUCCUCCUCUCUGCCCGCCACGCCCGUGGGAAGCUCCUCCAGACUAUCUCCCAGCCCGGGCUGUCAGGGCGCGCAGGUCUACCGCAGAGCUCUGACUCCGUCCUCGGCGCCGUCGGCUCCCACAGAUCCGAUCCCCGCCUCCAAACUGAAGCUCAGAGCGUCGCCGCACAGCGCCGCCUCUCAGCCCAGGAGCCCCGUCUGCCCCGAGCCGUCUUCCAAAUUCCCCAAACCCUCCAGCCCCUGCACCUCGCCCAUCUCCGCCUCCGUGCCUCGCCCCGUCACCGCACCGGUACGGGCGCCCAACCCUAAAGACGCCCGGCCCCCGACGGGCGCCAACCAGCGCUCUCGCCUUUCACAGCGCCGUGCCGGCUCCCCGGCCUCGCGCCUCCGUCUGGAGGCCAGGCGGGUGCGGACAGCCACAAGAGCCGCGGCGACGCCGACUGCUCAAACCCGGACCCCUACCCCCAGCUCACGGACGGCGUCCCCGGCGCCGCCCAAAGCUACCAGCUCCGUGCCCAAGAGCCAAGAAGUCACAGCCAAAGCCAAGGGCCCGGCACCGACCAAGGCGGUUACUGCCCCUCCGUGCGCCACCGCUACAGCCCCUCAACGCGCCACCGCUACCGCCCCCGGGCGGGUCGCUGCCGUCCCUGGGCGGGUCGCUGCCAUACUUGGGCGGGUCGCUGCCGUGCCCGGGCGGGUCGCUGCCAACCCCGGGCGGGUCCCUGCCGUCCUUGGUCGGGUAGCUGCUGUCCCCGGGCGGGUCCCGGGGCGCAGCGCAAGCCCGUCUCCCGCCAGCAAAGCCAAUCAGAAAACAGCCGCCACGGCACCGAGGACAGGGCGAAAGCAAGCAGCCACUACUACGAACCCCGUCAACGGGAAGUCAACAACACUAAAACCCGAAGCAACUCCGGGACUAGGACUACCGCUGGCGCCGCAGAAAACCAGCCCCAACAUCAAAACCGCUAAGACCGAGCCCGGCGUCUCCAGGAAGAUCCCACAAUACAAGAGCCGAAGUGACGACCCUUAUUUUGAAAUGAACAGCAGGAGACGGCAGAAGACGUAACGGGACGGUCUCCGAGGACGCUAAGCUCCUUAUCAUAGAGCAGCACUUGUUGGAACUCUUCUCGUCACUAAUCCUCAUCAAAAACAGUCUCAGUUUUUGUCUUCAAAUUUAUUUUCGUACGUUAUUUAACAGCCUUUUUUUUUAAUUAUUUUGAAUCUGUUUUUUUAAUCCAGGGUCAAAGGUGUCAUGCUUUGUUUGUCUCGUCUUUGUGGUGAUUUAACGGUCUUUUUUUAACGGUCAGCUAACCCGGUUAAUGCUAAAACUUGCACAAUGUUUACAUUUUCACUUUUGUUACAUGUACAACUGUUACAAAUGACUUAUAGAGAAACCACAUUCAAACACUAACCUCAAAGCUCACGAUCACAGGAAACAGCCAUGAUCCAGCAAAAAGGCACUUCGGCCAACAUUUGCAGGAAACGGAUCAGUUUUCAUUUCAUGGCUCCGGAGUCCUGUUUUCUCCAAACAGGUUACCAAAGUUGUUCAAACUGGAACACGAAUCAUUGUUUCUGAUGAUUUAUAUUUACUCCCCAGUGAGAACGAGCAUUCUACUGGCGGACGGUCAGACGUGAUACUCGUGUCUGACGUUUGUAUAAAUGAUAUCUAGGAAGGGAGGUUUGUAACGUUGGCGCCAAACAAGGCGUCAUCGGGAGCGGAUCUUCCCCGUCGUGUGCCUUCAUCAGAAAUCUCUGAGCGGCAUUAGAAUGUAUUAGACGAUCGGGGUGGCGGGCGGCGGGGGGGGUUUUAAAGGUUUUUACUGAUUAAAGAAUUGCACAGUGCGUACGAGCUCUUCCUCCUCCGAGGGAAGGCCGAGUCGCAGACGAACUACUGAUCAAACGCCUCUUUUUCUUUUUAACAGAAAACACUAGUUGGUAUAGAUUUUACAUGGUUUCUAAUGUCUGUGUGUUUAAAAGUCUAGUUUUCUAUAUGUGGUGUUUGUGUAUGUGUGAGUGUAUAUAUAAAUAUAUAUGAGGCUUUUUGUUCUUGUUUGGCACUUUACAGAAACCGCCGUCGUUUGUCAGGAUUUGAAUGUUGAUUCUUGUCUUGUUUUUUUCCGGCUACCCUUUUAUUGUCAUUUUGAUUAAUAAAUGGACAAAACAAAGAUAA